CUCCUGGUCUCCCCAAUGGAUUCCAGUCGCAGAAGCUUCCACAGAAGCCUGAGCUCCUCCUCACAGGGCCCUGCACUCAUCAUGAGCAGCUCCAUAUACAGGAAGGGGGGCCUGCAGCCCCUUGUGGCUGCACCCAGUGUUUAUGGGGGGGCUGGAGGCCACGGCACCCGGAUCUCAACCUCCAGACAGUUGGCGAGCUAUGGGAAUGAUCUCAGUGGUGGCAGGGAUCUGUUUGCUGGCAAUGAGAAAAUGACCAUGCAGAACCUAAACGACCGUCUAGCCAGCUACCUGGACAAAGUACGGUCCCUGGAGCAGUCCAACUCCAAACUCGAGGCACUGAUCAAGCAGUGGUACGAAGCCAAUGCACCCAGCGGCAGUCGUGACUUCAGUGCAUACUACAAGCAAAUGGAAGAGCUGCAGAACCAGAUUAAGGAUGCUCAGUCACAAAAUUCCCAGCGUGUCCUGCAAAUUGACAAUGCUAAGCUGGCUGCUGAGGACUUCAGACUCAAGUUUGAGUCUGAGAGGGCGAUACGCCUAGCGGUGGAGGCAGACCUUCAAGGCCUGGGUAAGGUUUUUGAUGACCUAACCGUAAAAAGAACAAAUCUGGAGGUUCAAGUUGAAGAACUGAAUAACGACUUGGCUCUCCUCAAGAAAGAACAUCAGGAGGAAACCGAUGCCCUACGCCGGCACCUGGGCAACACCGUCAAUGUGGAGGUGGAUGCAACUCCAGGCCUGAACCUUGGCGACAUCAUGAGUGAAAUGAGACAGAAAUACGAAAUCAUGGCCCAGAAGAACCUUCAAGAGGCCAAAGAACAGUUUGAGAGACAGACUGAAGCUCUGCAGCAACAAGUCACAGUGGACACUCAGGAGUUAAAAGGAACCGAGGCCCAAGUGACGGAGCUGAAACGCACCUACCAGAGCCUGGAGAUAGACCUCCGAUCGCAGCUCAGUAUGAAAGAAUCUCUGGAGCACACCCUAGAGGAGACCAAAGCUCGUUACGGUAACCAGCUGGCCACUAUUCAGGGCCUGCUAAGCUCUCUGGAGGCCCAGCUGAUGCAGGUUCGCAGUGACACAGAACGCCAGAACAAUGAAUACAACGCCCUUCUCGACAUAAAGACUCGUCUUGAGCAGGAAAUUGCUACUUACCGCCUGCUUCUGGAAGGAGAAGAUGUAAACAACCUGGAAGAGAGAGCUUCCUACCUGGACAAGGUUCGAGCUCUAGAAGAUGCUAAUGCUGAGCUCGAAAACAAAAUUCGGGAGUGGUAUGAAGCACGUGGCCACGGGCAUGGAGACUGCGGGCCGCAGCAUGAUUACAGCAAGUAUCACCCACUGAUCGAAGACCUCAGGAAUAAGAUCAUUUCUGCCAGCAUUGGAAAUGCCCAGCUCAUCUUGCAGAUCGACAAUGCAAGACUGGCCGCCGACGACUUCAGAAUGAAGUUCGAGAAUGAGGCUGCCCUGCGCCAGACGGUGGAGGCCGACAUCAACGGGCUGCGCAGGGUGCUGGAUGAGCUGACCCUGGCCAGAGCCGACCUGGAGGCGCAGAUCGAGAGCCUGACUGAAGAGCUGGCCUACAUGAAGAAGAACCACGAGGAGGAGAUGAAGGCGCUGCAGUGCGCGGCCGGCGGCAACGUGAACGUGGAGAUGAACGCGGCGCCCGGCGUGGACCUCACGCUGAUGCUGAACAACAUGCGCGCCGAGUACGAAGCCCUGGCUGAGAACAACCGCAGGGACGCCGAGGCCUGGUUCAACGAGAAGAGCGCGUCCCUGCAGCAGCAGAUCUCAGAGGACGUGGGCGCCACCACCUCCGCCCGCAACGAGCUGACCGAGAUGAAGCGCACGCUGCAAACCCUGGAGAUCGAGCUGCAGUCCCUCCUGGCCACGAAACACUCCCUGGAGUGCUCCCUGACGGAGACCGAGGGCAACUACUGCACACAGCUCGCGCACAUCCAGGCCCAGAUCGGGGCCCUGGAGGAGCAGCUGCACCAGGUCAGAACCGAGACCGAGGGCCAGAAACUCGAGUACGAGCAGCUGCUGGACAUCAAGGUCCACCUGGAGAAGGAGAUCGAGACCUACUGCCGCCUGAUCGAUGGCGAGGAGGGUUCUUGUUCUAAAGCAAAAGGUUACAGAGAACCAGGAACUCAGAUAAAAGACUCGCUUAUAAGCAGCAUUGUUAAGACUGUUGUGGAAGAAAUAGACCCUCGUGGCAAAGUUCUCUCAUCCAGAGUCCACACCGUGGAAGAGAAGUCCGCCAAAGCCAGCAACAAGAGCGAACAGCGGGUGCCUUCCUGAACGGCAGCUCCCGGAAAGGAAUGGCCCCUGACGUAGAACACCAAAGGGAAACUAGACUCCUAAUAAGGGUCCUUUUAUUUUUCUGCUCUUCUUCCAAUGAAUUGAGACAAGCUGUUUUAGACUAGUGAUGCUUCUUUGACUUUCUCUCUGCUGGUAUUUCAAUAAAACUUCUCCUGUUGCAAGUCA